GCGGAGCCGGCCCGCCCCUAUUUAUGCCGAGCCCUGCCGGGAGCGGCGCCGUAAGUGUGGGGCGGAAGCGCCCGGCACCUCCUUCCUCCCGCCCGGGUGCAGGCGACGAGGAUGAGCCAAAGAGACACCCUAGUGCAUCUCUUCGCCGGCGGCUGUGGAGGUACUGUUGGUGCAAUUCUGACAUGUCCACUGGAAGUUGUAAAAACACGACUGCAGUCCUCCUCUGUGACUCUGUACAUCUCUGAAGUUCAUCUCAACACUCUGAAUGGUGCUGCCGUCAACCGAGUAACCAGAAUUUCUCCUGGACCUCUCCACUGUCUGAAGAUGAUCUUGCAAAAUGAAGGCCCUCGUUCUCUGUUCAGAGGGCUGGGUCCUAAUUUAGUUGGUGUUGCUCCUUCCAGAGCAAUAUAUUUUGCUGCUUACUCAAAUUGCAAGGAAAAGUUGAACAAUAUUUUCAAUCCAGAUUCUACCCAGGUACACAUGAUUUCAGCUGGUGUGGCAGGCUUUACUGCGAUCACAACAACUAAUCCCAUUUGGUUGGUAAAGACACGAUUACAGCUUGAUGCAAGGAAUCGUGGAGAAAAGCAAAUGAGCGCUUUUGAGUGUGUCCGCAAAGUUUAUCGCUUGGAUGGCUUUAGAGGCUUUUACCGGGGAAUGUCUGCAUCCUACGCAGGCAUAUCUGAGACUGUUAUUCACUUUGUCAUUUAUGAGAGUAUUAAGAAAAAAUUACUGGAGUAUAAGACUGCUGCUGCCAUGGACAAUGAGGAUGAAUCAGCAAAAGAAGCAUCGGACUUUGUUCGAAUGAUGAUGGCUGCUGCCACUUCCAAAACAUGUGCAACAUCAAUAGCAUAUCCCCAUGAGGUUGUACGAACAAGACUAAGAGAAGAGGGAACAAAAUACAGAUCUUUCUUCCAGACACUCUCUUUGCUUGUGCGAGAGGAAGGGUAUGGCUCCCUUUACCGAGGUUUAACUACACACCUGAUCAGACAGAUUCCAAACACGGCUAUCAUGAUGUCCACCUAUGAAGUUGUAGUCUACUUACUUGAUGGAUAGCAGUGUGACAAGGUGCAAGAAGGUGGAAGACUGAAAGACUGGAGUGGACCACUGAAUGUCAAUGCCAAUGUGGUGGGCUACAGGAGCGUUGUAUGAGGAACAAGCAGCUGUGGACAAAACAGGAGGUUGAUUGUGGGCAACUCUGAAUAAUUUUGCUGCCUUUAUUUUGUGGUCUCAUGUCAAUGUGACAAAUGGGAACUGCCUCUUAGGGAAUGCCUUCAUGCAUCUCUUAAUUCAGAAUUAUUCUUUUCUUUUCAUCUGUUAGACUAGACAAAGCCAUUGAGUCAUCUUCAGAGACCUGAUGGGUGAGGGAGGGGACAUGAAAUAUGUUCCUGGGCAGUCCUAUUACCUUCUCUUAGUGAUUGCUCUCAACUACAUAAUUUUUGUUCGGUUUUACUGCACAGUAACCUGUUGAAGGAAUGGCAAGACAGUACUUUUAUAGCUUUCUAUACCUGACACUUCCAUUUAGUUGCUCUGAAGAUUCAUAAAGAGACUGAGGUAGUGUGGUAAGUGUGUAAAGUUUAUCAUGUUGCUACCUCAAGACAAAAUAUGGUGCAGGGACCCAGAACAGUUAUUUCUUCACUACAAAAGGUGAUACCCAUUGUAGCUUUUUGGUUUUGAUUGUUCUUUUUUUUUUUUUUUUUUUUUUUUUUUNUUUUUUCUUGAUGUUUGAGCAGGUCUGAUUGUCUAACUCUUCAGGUUAUCAGUCUGUUAAUGCUGGUGCAUGUGGACUUCUGGUCCUGCUGCAUCAUGCUUUUUCUUUCCUGGAACUUUUCCUAAGUAAGAGAGGCCUAUGAAACAUUGGUCCUGUAUCAUCAGUUUUCCUUGCCAACAUGGUCAGGUCACUCACACUGCUAAGGAAGUUGCUGAAUGCCACUUUAUAGCCCUUUUAAGGAUUUGUAAUGUGAUGAGAAAUCUCAGCUAGUCCAGCUUCCCAUUUGUGAAGACAGGAUUCACUCAGUUUCAUGCUGCCUAAGCACAAGCUAAUACAGCCCUUAAAUAUCUGGCAAAUCCUUGGAUUGCCAGUGUUUAUAUGGGAGUGCUGGAGGAGAGCACGUAUCACUGUGGCUGGGGUGACCAGAAACCAGUUGAAGUUGCGAUAGAUCUUGUCAGUGCAGACAGGCUCUGUGCAAAAUGAUGGAGAAAUUGUAAAUAACAUUUUCUUGAAAGCAUUCCCCCAAUGAAUGCUGUAUCACUUCUGUCAGCUUGAGCCUGCAUACUGAGCUAUAACCUUGUCCUCCACAUUGUCUGAUUAUUCAGGCAUUGGUUUUGUUCUGUAAGCCAAUUGCAAUAUAAUGCCUUGCAUUCAGCAGUGAGGCUUAGCUGGCUUAUUCUGUCAUAAUUUACAGACUUUUCCAAAAUCAUACAACUGGAGUGUCAAGCAGUUUAAUGUUACAGGAAGUUUUACAGCUUUCCAACAAGUAUCUUCUCAGUCUGCAUCCAUUAUCCUUAUGAGGAAGAUGAUCAUUUACAAGUUGGGGUCAAUAGCUUUCUCCAUAUAAAUGCUGCUACACUGGCAUGGACAGAACUGUGCUCUCAGCUCUUCCAGUGUGGUACUUCAGUACACUUGAACUGUGCAUCAUGUGCAAUGGCUUUAUUUUAUGAAUGACUUCUUAUGCACUUUGUGGCCUUCUUAGGGCAUAUGAAUUUUCUUCCUCUUACUGAUUAUCUGGAAUCAAACAGUGUUUGAAAUAUGCAGUUUGGUUUUAAAAAAGCAUGUGGUUUGAUUUCUGUGUAAGCUGUGCAGGAAUUUAUGCUGUAAAUCCAUAGCAUCUCUGGCAGUUGUUCUGCAGGCUCUAUGUAAAACCUCAAAGCUUGUAGAACAGUCUGUCUGGGUUUUUCUUAUUUGCUUUCCUUUCUUUUGACCUUUGUUGUUUUCCAUACAGUGUCAAAGUAUUUGAGUAUUUCAUGUAAUUCUCUGUAUUAAUUGCUCAUCUUCUGAAAGCCACCCAUAGUAAAUACAUUGACCUCGCAGUGCUGUAUUGACUUCCCUGCUUGGAAAAUGUUCCCUUGUUAAAGACAGCAUGGUCUGAGGGGUGACCAUGGUGAACUUGAUUGUCUCAAAGUGAAAGGAAUGCUUAAAUGUGUUUUAAAGUGGGCUUUUUCUAGUGAUCACUCUAAGAAAAGACUGAAGUAUUUAUGACUGACCUAAGCUUUGAUGUGAUGCUUUUGUUCAGAUAAAUACAUGCAGGAAUAGUGAUGUACUGUAAUUUUUGUGAUGUGGAAGGUGGGUCACUCCUCACAUUAUCUAGAUUACUCAGUCAUAGCCAAAACUUAAAUUGGCAAAGACCAUACUCAGUUUUGGAGUUCGUGAAUACCUGGAGUAGCCCAGGCUUCAUGGGAGUUUCUCUCCUCUGAAUACACUGUCCCUUGGUUCUGUGUUUGUCUCCCAGUCCUGGGUAUUUCCUGGAAUUCCCUGGGUACUGUGUGUGUGCCUUCUCUGGGUAAGAGCAAAGCCCCUGGAGGUGAUAAGUAGGACAAUUUAACAAGGACAGUUGAAUAUGGGAGAUAACAGCUAAAAGCAGACAAUCAGCUUAUUACUCCACCUCUUCAAAGCGUGUUCCAGUUUUUUUUAAACUUUAGGGGUGAUUGUUUUGGCUUCUUUUGCAUAACCAAACAUAACCCAAAUAUUUUUGGAGAUUUUUCAUUAUUUUUAAACUACAAGUACCUGCAAAAUUACCUCUGAUAUAUUUCCCAAAGAUCUUUAAAUUAUUUAUGUAGUUUUCUUGCUAUUUAUUAUAAAAACUCAAGGGAAAUAACAAGAUGCUUCAUUCAAUAAUACCUUUAACUACAGAGCUGAAAGCAGGGCAUUUAACCUUGGUCAUCUUGAUUUGUAUUAGGAUGUAUUUAUGUCCCAGCUGUGUGUGCUAGACAGGACGUGUGAAGAGCUCCCGAGUCACGGAUCCGUUCCUCGUGUCCCUGGCUGUUCGCAGCCGGGGCUGCAGGUGCGCGGCGGGGCCGGCAGGCGGCACCAGGGAGCUGCGGAGUUCUGGGAGCUGUAGGUGUGCCCGAGACAUCCACCGCCUGUCCGCUUACCCAUCUCUGCCCCUGCCUCUGUUUACAUAACGCACUCCGCAUCUUCCCUUGCUGAUUGAGGUGUUAAUGACAGCGGAUCGUUUGGUUGUUAAUGACAGUUUCUGCCAGUCUGUUUUUCUUACCACAUUUGCAACAUUCCUCAGACUGCAGCAUUGUAAAAGAAUGCUUCCAGAGACAAGAGUGGAGAGCCCUUAUAAAUGUUGCUUCCUGUUUAAACUGUUCAGAUUUGGAAAACAAGCUGAAUGCUGAAGUGUGCCUAGGUAAAUGUACUACUUUUUUCAACUUUGUCUGUUAAGACUGAGUUAUGUAAGUUUUUUCAGUUCUUAUAUUUAAAAGUCUGCCUACCCUGCAUAUGUGAAAAUAACUAUGCCCUCAGAGUCAUAGCUAAACACUCACAGAUGACAGAUUGAGAAUACUUCAGUACUCAUGUGAGGUUUGCUAUUAUUCUUGCAUACAUGUAGUUGGCUGUAAACUAUGUGCAUUUACUCUGUAUUUAUAUAGUUAACUUUUUGUUUGGAUUGCUUUAAACUUCAAAGCAAAUUAAAAUUGUGCUUCUAUUCAAAUGUUGCCUGCUGUGCUAAACUGUACACUGUUUUUAACCUUUGAUUUUUUCUAUUAUUGAUACAUACCAGUGCCUGCACAGUUGUGAUUAAAAAUGAAAAAUUCAUUAACCCAGUAAA